GCGCCCGCGACUGCACAUUGCAACGGAUGCAGCAAAACCGGCGCAAGGCCGGCGACGGGCUCGAGGCCGGCAGCGCCAGUGCAGAUGGACCGCUCCGACCAGCGAUGGCAUCGGCCAUGCUGCCUGUCGUCUACCUCUCGACCGAGGCCAAGGACAAGGAGUGGGCGACAAAGCUCUGGAGGCACGUACGCCACGCAGUGCUCUUUGCGUGCGCGGCCGAGUGCUUGACGACGUGCUUUGUUCCCGUGUGGGCCCACGAGACGACAGGCAUCAACGUCAGCGCGACGCUCCUCAACAUUCUUGGACCGUUCCUCGAAGGCUGCGCGUACACGCUCCAGAACGCGACGGCCCAAGACGAGUGGAAGCGCGCCUGUCGCUACUUUCGCACUGUCUUCCUCGGGGUCUUUACGUCCUACUGCUACAUGGUCGACCACGCCGGCGACCUCGUCGCGCGCAGUGCGUUUCUCGGGCCGCUCUAUAUCCUCUCGACUAUGUGCUACGCUUCGAUCGCAUUCCUUGUCGGGCAGCGGCUCAUGCACUGGUCCAUUGACGCGCGCAAGUUCCCACGCCAUCUCCCGCCCGUGCUCUACCUCUGGAACUGCCUCUCGCUCUUCAUCGGGAUCGUUCUCCUCGUCGCCAUUAUUGGCCCCAGCGGCUUUGUCCGCGACCCGAAAGACGCGCAUUUUCUCGGAAACUUCCAAGUCAACGAAGCCCUCGAGCUCGUGGUCGGCAUGCUCAUGUCGUGCCUGGGCAUCUUUGCGUCCAUGUACGUGGGCCACGGCAAGUACGAGGGGCUCGUCGACUGGGGCGCGUGGCGCUGCAACCUCGCAAGCGUCCUCUUCCUUGUGUUAGCCUAUGGCACGAGCUACUUUGUGCCGAGCGCGGUCCAGAACGUCGUCGUCGCCAAGUUUGUCUCGUCGUUUUGCGGCUCGCUGUCGUGCUUUUCGACUGCGAUCACGUCCACAAUGAUUCUGGUCGAGUCGAAGAAGAAGCCGAUGGCCGCACUGAGCUUUGGCGUCUCGGCCGUCACGGCUCUCGUGUUUGUGCCGUAUUUACGAAAAUAACCCGAUACGCUGCUUCUGGGAACGGGGCGAUUUUUACCCUUUUUGGGUUUAUAAAUGUCGUCGCGCUGGCGCCUCUGGAAACAGAGCUACAUGGCGUAGGAUAUAUUUAUAAAUAUGAACGUGUUUCGCGUUAUCUUCAUAAUUACACAGACUUUGCAUACAUAGAGACCUGCGCAGAGACUA